GCAUUUUUUUCUUUGUAGUGUCAUGUAGACGCAUUGUAAAAUCAACAGAUUUGACAGCACUGCCAGGUACAGAUGUAUUGGCGCCAUUAUUGACAGUUUAUUUACAAUUUACCACUUGCUCAAAAUAUUUGAUUUGGAAAAUACAACAAUUCCAAGUGGGGAAACGUAACUGUUAUUGCCGGGAUAUUUUUUUGCCUACUUUUGUUGCUUUUUAAGGAAAUUCGCCGUGCCUAAUUUUUUCACAGCGUCAUUUACAGGUGUUUCAAUUAGUGCCUUAAUUUAUUCGUCAAUAAAGGUGUCUUUGUAUUGAGUGUUUACUAUAAGUUUAAAAUGGAUCAGUAUCCCGAUGAGGACGAAGAAUUUGAGCUACGUUACCAGGAGGAAUUGGAAAUGUUGGAUGAUUUACCUCCUGAAGGGGGUGAGGUUUUUGUGCACAACACUACCAUUAACCAUAACAACACUAUUAAUUCCGUUAAUGCCGUUGACACUAUUGAUUCACCACACCUUUCACAAAUUUCGGGCAUUAGCGUUAGUACUAGUACUGUUGUGAAUAGACGUCUCUUCGGAACUCCUAGCGGGCCACAUAAAAGAAUAUCUUCGACUCCCCUUGCUACAAACAAGCAGCGUGGUGCUCUAGCUCCCAUAGAAGAAGUAGUUGCUCUAACGCCAUUGCCAGAAUGUGAACCUUUAGAAGAAGUCAAUGAACCUGCAGUGGAACUGCAAGGAAUGGGUCUGAGAAAUAAAAGACGGCUGGAACGUGACCUCUUCGGUGACAUAGACGAUUUAUUUCAAAAUGAAACUUACGAAGAUCCAGUUGCAAAGAAAGCACGUACCGAAGAAGAACGUGAUUUAGAAAUGAUUGAAAAAAUUUUAGAAACACGUCGGCGUCUUCAAGAAAAUAAUAAGGCGGUACGGAAGGAUGAUCUUUCACGUCUAAAGGCAUUGCAUGAAUUUAAAAUGCGUAAUUUGUCAUACACUGUACCUCAGUGGCCAUUCCAAGUGUUACGAAGGGGCGAUCGCGAACGCGUUUUCGUACGUUUUCAUUCGGAGGAGUAUGAAAAUCAUGCGUUGGAGGAUGUACGAGCCAUUUCGCAAUUCGAUGGCCUUCUGGGCGAGAACAAACAACGUAUAUGGGCAGAGGCAAAUGAUAUUGUUUUGAAACGCGCUAGUACUCCAUCACAACAACAACAAGCUGCUACAGUGUCCGCAACAAGUUCGCAAGAAUCAAGUCAAGACGAACAAUUAUGGGUGGAAAAAUUUAAACCACGGAAAUACAUUGAUUUGCUGUCUGAUGAGGCAACUAAUCGAAGUUUACUAUAUUGGUUGAAAAUGUGGGACAAAAUGGUGUUUGGCAGGGAAUUCAAAAAGAAAGAAGAACACAAUGUCAAUAGUACCAGUAACAAUUUGAAUACUUUUAACAAACGAACUGGCAAAUUUGAAUCGAAUGGCGGUUGGCGGAAAAGAAAAUUUCAAUCUAUGUUGGAUACUAAUUUAGAUGAACAUGGACGACCGAUGCAAAAAGUUGCCUUACUCUGCGGACCACCCGGUUUGGGUAAAACUACGCUGGCACACACAAUAGCACGACAUGCUGGAUACGCUGUUAGGGAAAUAAAUGCUUCAGACGAUCGCAGUCCCGAAGCUUUUAAGCAAGCGCUUGAGAGUGGAACACAAAUGUCAUCAGUACUAAACGAAGAUCGACGACCAAAUUGUAUUGUGUUGGAUGAAAUCGAUGGUGCGCCACGUCAAUCAAUUGAAUUUCUUGUCAAAUUCGUAAGCGACAAUGUGAUAAACAAAGUUAGAGCGAAAGGUAAAGGCAAACCAGAACGUAAUUUACUGAAACGUCCAAUCAUUUGUAUAUGUAAUGAUAUAUACGAGCCAGCGUUGAGACCGUUGCGACAAAUCGCCUUUGUUGUAACAUUUCCGCCCAUCGAAACCACGAGAUUAACGGAAAGGUUACUUCAGAUUGCGCAAAGAGAACAUUUAAAAACUGAUUUCAGUGCAUUGUAUGCCAUGUCGGAGAAGUCAGGGAAUGAUGUACGUUGCUGCAUUUCAACAUUGCAGUUUUUCAAUGCUCAGAAGAAAGCGUUGACACUGCAAGAUGUACUUAACGCCAACUUGGGGCAAAAGGAUCGUCAACAAGGUCUCUUCGAUGUCUGGGGUGCAGUCUUUAGGAUACAACGUCCUCGCAAGCAGUUGGAGAAAUCUAAACUCAACGACAAUACGGAGGAUGUUGAAAUCACUAUGACAGAUAUGUCGACUAGUACACGCGUGAGAAACGUGUUGGAUGUGGUGCAUGGCGGCGGUGAUUACGAACGUCUCACACAAGGCGUCUUUGAAAAUUACUUACAUCAGAAAAUGCCAGAUCCAAAUUUGACUGCAGUUGUUGAAGCAACAAAGUGGUUUAGCUUCAGCGACACAGUACAACAUCAAAUAAAUCAUUUACAAAAUUAUACCGUCUAUCCUUAUUUGCAAUUUGGAUUUGCGGCAUGGCACUUGAUGUUUGCAACGCUCGCCUGGCCGAAAAUAAAUUUUCCUAGCAAAGGUUUCGAGUUCAGACAGAAGAGCACCACACAAAGCAACAUUUUUCAAGCUUUCCGCAAGGGUAUCACAACGGGCAUGAAUGGUCUCGGACAGGGUCAUGUCAUUCUGGUGGACACUGUGCCGUUGCUCAAGCGCAUUUUGUCACCACAAUUUCGUUCGGUGGCUGUGCAAUUGCUGUCUCAAAGAGAACGCGAUGAUCUCUAUCACACCGUCACCGUUAUGGCCGAUCUUGGUUUGACCUAUACGCAAGUGAAAGCUGCAGAAGGUUCUUAUGUCUAUCAGAUGGAGCCGGAUUUAGAUGCUUUAGCACAGUUCCCAGGCUAUCCCGGCAUCGCUUUGAACUACUUCAGCCGACAGCUGGUGGCACGUGAAGUGGAACUGGAGCGCAUAAGACGCUCCACGCCGCGUUUAGGCGCUGAAACGAGCGGAAAGUCCGCCACCAGUAACCCCACAGCAGCUGCUAAGAACGCCACGAAAAAUCUACCAAAUCAUUUGCAGCGUCUAAAGGCCAAGCAAAUCGAAAAUAAAAAUGCAAAUGCCAAGAAAGACGUGAUUUCCAAGGAUUUCUUUGGCCGCAUACAGCACCGAACAGUCGGAGGAACGCGCGAAGAUUGUAAAACUGAUGCAAUUGUCAAAAGUCCCAUUUGGUAUCGCUACAAGGAGGGUUUCAACAACGCCGUGCGCAAGGACAUACACAUGCACGAGCUGCUGUAGCGACUGCUGCCGGCGGCAGUUUUUAACCAUAAACUAAAUUAUUUCUAAAGUAACGAUUUUUUCUUUUUAAUUUUAACACUGUGAACCAUAUAUGUAACGGGUGAUUUUUUUGAGGUUAGGAUUUUCAUGCAUUAGUAUUUGACAGAUCACGUGGGAUUUCAGACAUGGUGUCAAAGAGAAAGAUGCUCAGUAUGCUUUGACAUUUCAUCAUGAAUAGACUUACUAACGAGCAACGCUUGCAAAUCAUUGAAUUUUAUUACCAAAAUCAGUGUUCGGUUCGAAAUGUGUUUCGCGCGCGUGUUUUGUUCAGCGAUGAGGCUCAUUUCUGGUUGAAUGGCUACGUAAAUAAGCAAAAUUGCCGCAUUUGGGGUGAAGAGCAACCAGAAGCCGUUCAAGAACUGCCCAUGCAUCCCGAAAAAUGCACUGUUUGGUGUGGUUUGUACGCUGGUGGAAUCAUUGGACCGUAUUUUUUCAAAGAUGCUGUUGGACGCAACGUUACGGUGAAUGGCGAUCGCUAUCGUUCGAUGCUAACAAACUUUUUGUUGCCAAAAAUGGAAGAACUGAACUUGGUUGACAUGUGGUUUCAACAAGAUGGCGCUACAUGCCACACAGCUCGCGAUUCUAUGGCCAUUUUGAGGGAAAACUUCGGACAACAAUUCAUCUCAAGAAAUG